AUGGAGAUCAGGUCAAUUGCCUUAGUACUGUUGGCGACAUCAUUUGUGAUGACAGAGUGGAAUGGCUGUAUUGGUUGCUGGGAAGAAGAGAGAAUCGGUCUCUCGCAAAUCCAGGUCUCUUUCCUUGAUCUGGUUAGCCAUUGGGCCGCCGCCGGCGGUGGAGGAGGAAGUCGCAGCAACAAAUCAGCUGACGGCGAGUGUUGCGAUUGGGAAGGAAUCGCCUGCGAUCCCAACUCAGGGAGGAUAACCCAUUUCUUUGCUUCUUACGAACUCCCUGCAUCCCUUCGCGGGCCAAGAAGGUGGUAUUUGAAUGCAUCUCUGUUCCUUCCUUUCAAAGAAAUGAGGAGUAUUUCACUGCCUGCCAGUGGCCUUGCUGGUUGCCUGCGGAACGAAGGGCUUGAGAAAUUGUCGACACUAAGUAACUUGGAGAAGUUAGACUUAAGUGACAACGAGCUUAGCGAUGACAUAUUGCCAUCUUUGGGGAUGCUUUCACAACUAAAACAUCUCGAUCUUUCCACAAAUAACUUUUCGGACAUUAGAGGUACCUCUAUUUCAAGACUGAGAUGGUAUUUUUGUUUUUAA